UGUUGAGACGUCGCGCUGCUGCGGCUGCUGACGCAGGGGCACAUUCAGCCUCGGUCAAACGUAACAAAACGUUCAUCCAAACAGAAAACGGUGGUCGUGUCGUGCGACUCUCCAGGUUAUUACACUUCUUCGUAUGUCAAUUGGGUAACUAGUCCGACACGCGCCUCAAAUCCCGUUUCCAGGAAUUACUGCCUUCGAACCCGGAAACGUUUGCAAAACGCUGCACAGCGGUUUGCGCGGUUGAACGUGGCCUCGGCGCUCUCCCCCCCUUGUCGCCCCGUCUGACAACCACGUGGUUUAACGAACCACAACAGUCGUCACCGCGUGUCCCCAUUGGCCCACAGGUGAUUACCGGGCUCGGCUCUAGGAAGGCUUUACCGACAGGUAAACGUUACUGCACAGUGGAACGAGGCUUCUGCAGAGAAGACCCGCCGCUUCCUCAACACCACUGAACAGCGUCGAGCUGACAUGAGCUGAGACUGCACCUACACCCGCCGAACCUCCCGGACUCUGCGGAAGUUGUGGAGUUGUGGCCCGCGGGCGCAGCCGUCGGGCCGCCAUGGUGGAGGUGUUCACCGGCCGCGCGCUCCUCAACAAGGACGGCGACCUGGUCGACCCCGACGAGGCUCUGAGGAACAAGGUCGUGGGCGUCUACUUCUCCGCGGGCUGGUGUCCGCCGUGUCGCGACUUCACGCCCGUGCUGUGCGACUUCUACACGGAGCUGGUGGAGGAGAGCGACCCCCCCGCCCAGUUCGAGAUCGUCUUCGUGUCGUCGGACAAGUCGAGCGACGACAUGGUGGAGUACUACCACGACGUGCACGGGGACUGGCUCGCCCUGGCCUGGACGGACGAGUACAAACAUGAACUGAAGCAACGCUACAAGAUCACAGCGGUGCCCAAGCUGGUGAUCGUGAAGGAGAAUGGCGACGUGAUCACAGACAAGGGCAGGAAGCAGAUCAGGGACCGAGGCCUGGCCUGCUUCAGGUCCUGGCUGGACGCCGCAGAGAUCUUUCAGAAUUUUAAGGGUUAGGAAACAACCACAAAGAUGAAACGUCGGUGAGAUCUCUUCACGUCAUGUAACCACAGCAAGAUCUUUUUUUUGUCUUAUAUUUUUCUUAAAUAUUGGACACUUUGACCUCUUCAGCACUGUAAACCCCUUCGAAUGAAACAAUCCGUGACAAAAAAAUCAAACUCUUGAAGUUUGGUUUAGCUUUUUAACCAAACGUCCUAUGCAUUCAAGACAAAUCUCAGGCUUGUCUGUUGUGGUUCACAUGUGAAAACUGUACUUUAGUAUCAAUAAUAGAAGCCAGCUACAGUUACUUUAAAAACAUAUUAGCUUAUGUUCUUUAUAAGCUCAUGCACUAAUUAAACAUACAGCCUAUGGUACAUAGAUCAUCUUCUCUCCUGGGGAGCUUGCCUUUGUAUGUUUCCAAAAGUUUGACUUGUAGUUGUACUUUGAGCUGCCUGUAUAUUUUCAUAUUUUGUUUUUAAUGAGUUGCUAAGACUGUUAACUCUUAAAAUAUAUAUAUUCUGUGUUUUACAGA